AUGGUAAGUGUUGGUUCAAUGACUUUCGAUGUUCCAUCUGCUACUGCCAAGAAUAAAAUUACAAUCAAAUGUUCUAAAGGUGCUUUCUUACUUGAAGCAGUCAUCUUCAGACCUUUAUCAACUCUAAAAUAUGUUUUAAACAACAUUACCAAAUUAAUAAACCAAUUAAUAAACAUUAAGAUUAGAAAGUUACCAAUCAUAAUACACCAUAUCAAACAUUACAACAAUGCGAAAUUUCAAAGAGGUAAUUUUACCUCAUCAAUGAAUAAAAAUAGAGAACCCAGAGGUAGAGAAUAUUUUAUGACAUUAGUAGUUCAUAUUCUAUUGAAAAGAAUGAAUAGAAACAAAUAUUAUAAAAUGAUAAAAUGUGGAUCUUCAAUAUUUACACAUUAA